AAAUUAUGGUAAUAAGUUUGAAGGAUUGAUGGUCUGCAGAUUUUCCAAUUGGAGAAGAAGAACCAAUCCCUAUAUCCAGGGAAACACCGAGCUCGGUUUCUCUUAGAUCUUUUUCCCUCCCGCAACAGAUGAAUUAAGGGGUCUCCGCUUCGAUCAUUUCUCAAAUCCCAAUUUCCCCGUCAUUUUCCUCGAAGAAUCCACGUUUCUGCCUUGGCGGGGAGUUUGGAUUUUUCAAAAUUUCCCUCCAUUGCUUUCGUCAUGUUCUUGUUUUGUUUCUUGAUUUCUGCUUUGGAUUAAGAGGCGAUUCGGUGUAUUUACCUCUUCGGUUAGAUCGAGAACUGGGAUCUUCAUCUCUUGUCUCCUUGGCGGCUGUGUCGGAUCGGAAAUUUGAGGCUGGACAUGGAUAAUAUAAUCGGAAAGCUUCGAAACUUGGACGCUUACCCUAAAGUUAAUGAGGAUUUCUACAGCCGAACACUAUCCGGUGGCGUUAUUACGCUUGCGUCUUCUAUUGUCAUGGUUCUGCUAUUCAUUUCCGAGCUACGGUUGUAUCUCCAUGCUGUAACAGAAACAAAGCUCGUAGUUGAUACAUCAAGAGGAGAAACGCUGCGUAUCAAUUUUGAUGUUACAUUUCCUGCCCUUCCUUGUUCUUUAUUAAGUCUCGAUGCAAUGGACAUCAGUGGAGAGCAACACCUAGACGUGAAGCACGACAUAAUCAAAAAAAGGUUGGACUCUCAUGGCAAUGCUAUUGAAGCAAGACCAGAUGGGAUUGGUGCUCCUAAGAUUGAAAAUCCCUUACAGAGGCAUGGUGGCAGGCUUGAGCAUAAUGAGACAUAUUGUGGUUCCUGCUAUGGAGGCGAAUCGGCUGACGAUGAUUGUUGCAAUUCGUGCGAGGAAGUUCGUGAGGCUUAUCGAAAGAAAGGUUGGGCUUUGUCAAACCCUGAUUUGAUUGACCAGUGCAAAAGAGAAGGGUUUCUCCAAAGGAUCAAAGAUGAAGAUGGUGAAGGGUGCAAUAUAUAUGGAUCUUUGGAGGUUAAUAAGGUUGCCGGAAAUUUUCACUUUGCACCUGGGAAAAGUUUUCAACAGUCAAAUGUUCAUGUACAUGAUCUGUUGGCAUUCCAAAAGGACAGCUUCAAUAUAAGUCACAAGAUAAACAGAUUAACUUAUGGAGAAUAUUUCCCUGGCGUGGUGAAUCCUCUGGAUAGUGUUCAAUGGAGGCAAGAUACACCAAGUGCAACAUAUCAAUAUUUUAUCAAGGUUGUACCUACUGUUUACAAGGACGUUAGUGGAAAUACCAUCCAAUCAAACCAGUUCUCUGUCACAGAACACGUAAAGACUGCAGAAGUUGGACGCCUUCAGUCACUUCCUGCAGUUUUCUUUUUCUAUGACCUUUCUCCUAUCAAGGUCACGUUCACGGAGGAGCACGUGUCAUUCCUGCACUUCUUAACAAACGUAUGCGCUAUAGUAGGAGGCGUCUUCACGGUCUCAGGAAUAUUAGAUUCAUUUGUGUACCAUGGUCAGAAGGUGAUCAAGAAGAAGAUGGAGCUUGGUAAGUUCAGCUGAGAAAUCGACCUUUUUAUUCGAUCUUGACGCUACGGAAGCUUGGCAACAAAUUCCAAAUUACAUAUGAUGAUCAAAUCAAAGAGAAUCCAACCAUAUGGUACGCUGUCUUCCAAUUUACAUCAUUUUUACUCGAGUCGAUUACUUGCUAGCCUUCAUAUUUAAAACCAUUUUGCUUACAGUUUCACGAAUCUUUAACUGUUGUCGUAAAUGUUAAUAUCUCCUCCCUUUGGCAUUUUCUUAGUUAAAACGUCUCAUUUAACUUUUAUA